AUGGUGUUUUCUUUUAUCGCUUCCGUAGUUGCACUUCCUCAACUCAUUGUAUCAUUUUCGGCAGAGAACAGUAUUUCAUUAGAGCUAAUCGUUGAACUGGUUGGAAUAUCUUGUCUAUUCAGUCCUCCAACGGCAAUUCAACUUCUGAUAGCAUUUAUGAAUUCUCCGACAUAUCCAGAAAAACACGAUGAAAUAAUCGCCCCGUCAACGACUACUACUGGCCAAUCUGUUAAGACUACUAAUUCGGCUACUCCAUCUGACAAUUCAAAUAUACCGUCUGGUUCUAACCAAAAGGAUAAUGAGCGGAAAAGAGCUGCUGGCGAUACCAAUGCUCUUAAAAGCGAUGCACCAACAAAAACGCCUACAAACGAGACUCGAAAGAAUCCAUUGAUGGUCGAAACUGUGAGAACAUCAAAUCUGGAUGUUGCUGCAAAACCUUCUAAAACCGAAAUUCCUCCGAAACAAUCUAAAAUCGAAAUUAACUCUAAGCCAAUAAAGGGCGAUGGAGUUUCGAAACAACCAAACACUGAUAUACCAACUGCUGCCGAAUUGAAGAAUAUGAAGACUGUGCGAUUAGUUCCGAACAUGCCAGUAGUACAGGAAAAAAUAACAAAAACGAACUUUAAAAAAGAGGCAAAGAAAUCGACACCAAAAUUUGAGCUUGUGAAAAGUAAAACCGAUGUCAAAUUGAAAUGCGAAUCUAACAAAUCGAACAAAAAGGCGUCAAUUCAAACUCCGACCAAUCGCAAAGAGAGCGGAUCAAAAGAAAAGAUGGCAACCACUAAUCCAUUAGACCGCAAAGAGAGUCGUAUCAGUAAUGAUCGCACUGCUGUACCAUUAGCAAAAGAUCGGAGUUUGGAUAACAUACCUAAGAAAAAUUUGGGAAAUGCUGCAGAUGCAUUGAGCCUUAAGCCUAUUUUAACGUUGCCAAAAGGUGAUGAAAAACUUAGAAAGGACAUUCAAAAAGAUCUGAGGCUGUUACUUCAAAAAUCAGAUGAGAGAAUUGCCAUUUCUAUGAAAAUCGGGGCGUCAUUAAGAAAGCAUGAAUCCGUUGAAUCAAAUGGAUUAAACAAAUCUAUGACUGUUCGAACAGAUAACCCAAAAAAGUCGACUGCCGAGUCUUCAGUUCGCAAAGCAUUGGAAAAAUUAUCAAAACGCAAGAAAAAAAUUGAGGCACCACCUCUGGUUCACCCGCCGAAAUUUAAAAAAGAGCCGUCACAAACGUUCAUCGCUAUCAAAACCGCAGAAGCAGCCCAAUCAAAACAACUUGAAAAAGAAUAUCAAACAGAUAACUCGUUUAUUACACAGUAUGAGGAAGAAAUAAUCAGCAAAGUAGUUUCAAUGAAGUUCUGCAAAUACAAGCAAGCUGUUGAAGUUGGAGACUAUAUUACAUACUUAACUGGAGAUCAGACAAAACUUGCUAGCAACAUGCUACAAACUAUUGCCGAAGGAAAUAACGAUAAUCAUAUCGCUUACGUUUCCCAUAAUGACUGUCUUCCGGAUAUGUUCACUGUCUGUGGCCUACUUUUUACUGUUGCUGCUUGCCAUGGAAUAAAUGUGACACAAAAACAAGUGGAUUAUAUGUUAGGAGCAUUCAACAUGCAAAAUUUAGCGAAGUCAACCAUCGACACGCUUACAGAUUCAGAGAGAUGUAUCCUUACAUUGAUUGCCAAAAUUUUAUGUAAACCGACCUUAGUAAUACUAGAUCAAAUGGAUAUGUUUCUACCUCAUGCAAAAAUGAUGACAGUAUGGGCUUUAUGUUCGCGAUUGCGCGACGACCGUGUACCAGUUUUAUUUACUUCAAAAAACUCUAAAUUUGCUGAACAUACUUGCACAAGGGUAGCACACAUGUACAAAUGUCAAUUUGUUGCCAUAGAGCCUCCACAGUGUAUUAAGAAACGAAUGGGAGCUUUGGUUGUUGAAAUUGACAUGAAACCCACCGAUCGCAUGGAAGAAGUUGCAACAGUAAUUUAUGGAACCCUGAAAGAUGCGAUGAUUUUGGAUGGAAGCUUGAAUACAGUUGCAGUUUCGCAUAAAUGCGAAUGCCCAGAAGGUUAUCGAUGCCCGAUUGAUAUGGAAGAUACAAAAUUGGAUGUUCGAUACGAGGUGAAAUUUAUCCGCCCUGAUGGUUCUAGCAUUUUCAUACCAUCUUCUGAGCCGAAGCAAAUAUUUCAAGCAGCGAUUGACUUGAACAAGCUGAGUGAUGAGGAAAGACGGCAACGCCUUGCUGCUCGAAAACCCAAAGCUAAGGCUAUCAAACAGGAGAUUAUCGAUGAUAAUUUUGAUGAACGCGAAUACAUGAAAUUUUGGGCAUCCGCGUCUUGUGAAGAGAAAGGAAUAACAUCAAAAAAAUAA